UGGUCAUAACGUUCAUUGUUUUCAAAAGUCCCAUCACUUGAUGUUGUGGUCUUCAGCUUCGUCUUCUUCUUGGAAGUACACCACUUCUGGAACAUGGUUGCCACAGGAAAGCAAGCAUUCAAAGGCGUUUAUGACCGCUUCCUGGACCCGAAGUGAAAAUCAUGAGCAAACGAAGCUCGGGGCUUUGGAUGAGACGCAGCCUUCCCGAAGGCCAAUAGUUGCUCCUCUGAAUGGCUUGGUGAACGCCAGUGGAGGCCUCCACUCUCGGGCUUCCUAUACUCCCAGGUCUGCACCAAGGACGAUGAGGGCUUCCUGGCCUAGCCUGGAAAUUGGAAGAGCCGACGUUGAAGCGAUGGACUGGUGGUUUUCCGAGUUUGAGUCCCAGCUUGCAAAUGCUGUACCUGAUUCGAGGUGCCUCUAUCCCUGGUUGCAACAAGCUCCCGACUUCAAGGAGGUAGAGAAAGAACUCUCGGGAAACUUUACUUUCAAGGAUUUCAAGCAGGGCUGGAACUUCAUGGACUUCUCCAACUUUUCCGUUUGGUAUGAGGAGCAAGCACGAAGAAGCUCAAUGUCUCCUUUAGAGGCCGAGCCAAGUUGGCCACCUAUCUUGGAGGCUGACCUGCAGGGCACUGCUGGCGCUGCUGGCGCGAGUAGUUCUUCUCAAGGGCCAGGUUUUUCAGCAAAUAUACCCGCGCCCAAGCCACUUCGAUUUGAGCAAAAAGACAGCAGGAGGUCAAGCGAGACCCGGACAAGCGUGGGAUGUUCAGUUGGUUCUACUUCAAGUGCACCAGGAACAACUUCACUGACUCCGCGACUGUGCGAACAUAUGCCGGUCAAAGUCUCGAGUGGUGACAUGCAGCAGUCCAGAGAAGGUCGGUGCCAUUCAGCAAGGUAGGUCUCUUUGGAUUUGCUUCUCACAUCUCAAGUCGGAGCUGUCACCGGCUGUCCAGCCAAUGUUGCUGCAGCUCGAGAAAAGUGCCUGCGACCUGUUGUGAUUUAUCUAUCAUGUUUGUUGGUUUGGGAUUCUUUGCUGAUCUGCUCGCUCGCUCAAACUUGCAUUGUUUUUUUGCACGCAGAUAGG